AUGGCCUACGCCGCACAACUUGGAGCCCUCACUGAGGAGCUCAUCGAAGCUGCCACGGGCAUUUCCAGCAAGACACGAACCAGGCGAUACAAAGUCCUAUACAAUGCGACCUUGCAGAAAAUAAAGUCGCAGGCAUACCUCCGCACAAACCAAUUCGACGUCUGGCACACUCUUGACGGGCUGGAAGAGCGCUUCCGCGUUAACAACCGAGAUGAUCUGGCCGACGAGUUCCGCGACAGCCUGGAUAGGCUGGAAGAGCAUGCCACCAAGUGGCACCCGGAGAUAUUGGCUCUGCUUCUAGGACUAUCCGACCAGCCGACGUUCAAGACGAAGCUCAGCGAUCUAGAUGUUGUGCGACAGCGUGAGGAAGAGCAAGCGGAAACCUUCAGCUGGGAAGAUGUCGCUCGGGAGGAUGGCUGGGCUGAGGAUGAGGGUCUCUGGCAGUCGAUUGAUUACGGACUUGAUUCAGAUGACGAGGUCAUCGAAGAAGCGCCGGACGACGAAACGCUCAUUGAUGUGCCGGUAUAUCAUACUUACGACGAGGAUCUUAGCCUACAUAAAAAGGGGAGAACUGCCACCGACUGCAUCAUCCAACCGGAGGACACAGAGUUGCUGAAAGCUCUUCAGGCGGCACAGCAAUGGCGGACCGAAGUUCCUCAAAAAGACGACAUUGGGACCGUCCAGAAGAUUUCCAUUCCAGAGACGCAUAUUGUCAGGGAAAUCCUCUCCAUGCUGCAGGGGUUGAAAACCUCCCUUUUCAACGAAAACACGGGCUUGCCAGAGCCCAAUUUCCACAUGCAGCACAUCGCUUGGGAGACGUACAAGUCUGUGAUACACAAUAUUGCAGAGUCUGGCUGGCGCAUUCUGCUGCUCCGGAGAUUUGUUAGCCAUCCGCAGGCAAUUCCGCAUCUCCAAGCAUUUCAAGACUGCAUUGCAAAAAGGCUCCGAGAUUUCGAUACAAAGCUCUCGCAGAUCGAGGCACGCUUUGCUGCUCCCACAUCUGAAGUCAUGUUCACCCUAUUGUCCGUUCAUGGGGAAAUCUCGCCUUGGCUGCAGCCCCUGCUUGUGCUAUCCAACAUCAUCGCUCAGAUUCAGGAGACGUCCAGAUCAGAUACAUUCCGGUACCUUGAGCUCCUGUACGAUGAAACCACGCUGGCGCAGCUCAAAGAUGACAUGUCCACGUACAAGUUUCUUGCCCAGAUCUUUCUCGACUGCUUUCAGGUCUACAUUCGCCCAAUUCGACAUUGGAUGGACGAAGGCCGUAUUUCGUCGGAAAAUGAAAUCUUCUUCAUUUUCGAAAGUCCCACAAAAGUGCCCAUGAGCAAUAUAUGGCAAGAUCGAUUCAAGCUCCGCCAAACAGCAGAGGGGACAUUACACGCUCCAAAGUUUCUUAAGCCUGCCGCUCAUCAGAUAUACAAUGCCGGAAAGAACAUUGUCGUGCUGCGGCUCCUAGGUCAAUAUGAGCUGGGUAGCUCGUUUCCCGUUGAGGAGCCAUCUCUAGACUUUGAGCAUGUCUGCCCGGAAGGACUCGGCCUGGCUACGUUCCCGGAUCUCUUUGGUGCGGCUUUCAACCGAUGGAUCCAAAGCAAGUACCGAAAAACUUCCACCACAUUGAAGGAUACUCUUUUCGAGAUGUGCGAGCUCUCCUCGUCAUUAGAUGCACUACAAGCGCUAUAUCUCAUGUCAGACGGGUUUGCCGCUGCAUCUUUUACAGAUCACUUGUUCGACAAGCUGGAAAACCUGAACCCAGUCUGGUAUGAUCGAUUUGCUCUUGCCGGAACAGCCCAAGAUGCGUUUAUGCCGCUAGUUGAUAUAAGUCGUCUAUCUGUGAGUGUCAGUGUUCAAGGCACCCGCAUGACUGUGACGGAUGCCCGAGGCUCAAUACGAGCCGCUCUACCGCAUCUCAAGAUCGACUAUAGGCUUGCAUGGCCGGUCCAGAUUGUUGUCUCCGAAGAGAGCAUGAGGAACUAUCAAUCCAUUUUCACACUGCUCUUGCAGCUCCGACGAGCCAUUCACGUUCUCCACAAACCCAAGCUCCUUGAUAACUACACGACCGAUAACGAAAACUGGGACGAGCGUGUUUUGUUCUAUGCCGCUCGCAGAAAUUUGCUAUGGUUUUGCACGACUCUUCAAUCAUAUCUAGCAACACUCGUUCUGGAACCCAAUGAGCGGGGAAUGCGGCGUGAGCUCAUGGCGGCUGAAGAUGUUGACUCCAUGAUUUCGGUGCAUGCCACAUACCUGGAGCAAAUGAUUGAACAAGCCUGCCUAGGAAAUAAGAUGGCGCUUAUUCGAGAGCGCAUGCUCGACAUCUUGGAUCUUGCUCUCAAGUUGGAACUGGCCAGAGAGGGGAAAGCUGCAAGGGAUGGGUCCGAGCCGUCUCACCUGUUUAGACAAGAAGAUGAGAGCAGCGAGGGGGUAGUAAGAGAGGAUGGGCUCGAUACCGAGGCUUACAUACGCGUGCUAGAAGAGAUCAAGGCCGAAUUUGAUGAGCAUUUAAGCUUUAUCUGCUCGGGACUGAAAGGCGCUGCGAGAGCCUCAAGCGAUACUCAAUCUGCGAAGUGGGAUAUUCUGGCAGACAUGCUACGAGCAGGCGACAACAGAAGCAGGAGAUGA